UCCCAAGCAGGCAAUCAAUAACCGACCUGUAAUUACCUGGAUUUUGUUAUUUUUUGAACAAACACACUUUCAAGUUUCAAUCCAACUACAACUCACAUUUUGCAAAAUAUAAGGAACAAAAAAAACCCUAAUUUUCAAUCGUAUACCAAUUAAUUGCGUACUCAUUCGAUCAAUCGGCAAUUUUACGAAUCCACAAUCCUUUUCAAUUUUCUGCCGAAGGUUUGCUUUGUUGUUGAAUCAAUCAUGAGAUUUAAGAGAGGAAGUAUGGUGGAGGUUCUGUCCAAGAAGGAGCCUUCAGGUGCUUGGCGGUGUGCAGAAAUUGUGGCAGAUAAUGGAGAUGGUUAUACUGUCAGAUAUUAUCGCCGGCCAGGCAUAGCUAAAGAUGGUGUUGACAAUGUUCAAGCUGAAGCAGUCAGGUCUUGUCCACGACCAGCAACGGGUUCUAGGAAUUUCGUUGUCGGAGAUAUUGUGGAAGUGUUAGAUGAUGGUUAUUGGAGGGUUGCUAGGAUUGACGAGGUUAUGGAAGAUGAUUAUUGUUAUAUUCGAGUGAUUGGAUCUUUAGAUGAGUUUAGAGUGAAAAACUCUAGUAUUAGAGCACGACAAGAGUGGAAAAACAACAAGUGGGUUCUGAUGGAUAAGAAAUUUGAAAAUCGCAAGGAUCUGGUUACCAGGAUGUGCAAGAAGUCCCAUGUGGAACCACAAAGUAAUCUUCACGAGGUGCAGGAAGUACCAGAAUCUGUUGUGAUGUCUAAAUCAUUGAAGAGGUCAUCUCCAGAUUAUGCGUCAGCUGACAACGCUUAUUCAAAGUGUGUCCAGAAACGAAGAUUAGAUAAGGAGGUGGAGCUUGAUGCUAUUCAUGGUGAGGCGUAUUCCUUCACUGGAAAGGUAGAUAACCCUGCUAACCAAUGGGGAAAUCUCGGUAGAGAUAAUGUGCAAAUUAUUACUGAGAAAACAAUCAGAUUUAAUAAAGCUAACAGCAGAAAUCAUGAGCUAGAUGAUUGUGUUAGUACUGAAUCAUCUGUUGCCAGUUGUAGCAUCACUAAUGCGAUUUCUGAUAGGUUGCUCAGCGAUUCUUCUGCAGGAUGUAGUCAGGAUAGUGCUUCUCUUUCUAGCGAUGCUGAGUCUCAUAGUUAUUUGGGAGAGGAGGAAGAAGUAUCUCAGGGUCAGUUAGAAAGGGAUGAUGCUUUACAAACACAUGAGUUAGACUUAUAUGGUUAUCGUUGUGUUUUAGAAUCAUUAUAUGCGUCUGGUCCCUUAAGUUGGCAACAAGAAACUGCAUUAACAAAUCUCCGUUUGAAACUUUAUGUUUCAAAUGAUGAACAUUUGACAGAAUUAAGGAGGUUAAGGUCAAUUGGAAAUCUCGGUUUGAGUUGUCAAUAGCUUUGAAGUUUGCACUUGGUCAUGUAAGUUCAGUUGUGCUUUGUGCCUUGUAAGAAGUGGGUGACAUUUGAAGCUGUACAUGUUAGCUGUAGUUAAUGUAGUCAUGAAGUUUUAUUACUGACAAAUAUCGUAAAUCAAUCUAUUCUCUAUUUUGAAAGUAAUGUUUUUUGAUUUAGUAUUGCCUUUUUUUUCUUGCAGUGCUUAUACACUUUUCAAUCUUUUGAUGGAGAGUAUUCUUUCAAGCCUUAAUUUGUCAAAUUGUCUGUACAUAAGCCUGGCUUUAUUACUAUUUGUUCUCCAGUUCUGUUUUCUUACAAGUUUGGAGAAUCUUGUUAUGUGCAAGCUAAUAUGCUGUACUUUCUAUUGCUCUUCGUUUACGACCUUUUUUUUUUCCAGUUCCUCAGGUGGGUAUAGACUAUAGUGAUGUUUUUCCUUAUAGAGACUGUACAUGUAGAGAAACUAUAUUUAUCUCUAUAUAGAAACAACAUAUGCUUCAACUAAUCUCAACUUGUAGAGUGAUAUAUGCUGACCUUCCUAUUGUAUACCCUUAGGAGAAACAUCACGGAUGGUGGUCAUUAUAUGUUUGACAACUGUGGCAAUUUAAAAUCAGGAGAUUCUGAUCUUGCUCUUAUGAGUUUAGUGAAUUUUUUUGCUCAUGUUUUUUCCCUAUGUUACUCUAACUCUUUGUCUUAUGUACAUGGGUCGGACAAUCAACACUGCAAGUAUAUGGAGUCCUUACCCGACAAUCAAAUUUUCCUUGACACUUUAGCUUUCUUGAAUUCUGUAUCUGCAGGAAAAAGAUAAUGUGAAAGAGAGGAAGGUUAAGAGAAUAUAAUGCAAUAUGUGCUCACGUAUGAGCUUGAGAUCAGUAUUAUAGGAGUAAUUAGCAAACAAGUCAACCUGAAAUGUGUAUAUUAGUAAUAGUGAAUAAAAUUUUCGUGCAAAAAGCUUUCAAAAAAAAAUCAGGAAUAGGUGUCACGAAUGCGUUGUUCCUGCACCCAUGUCCAAUUAUAGGUCAGUGUCCCUGCGCCUGAAAUUAUAGCUGUGACGUGUUGAACAAUUGGAUAUGUGCGUACUUGACUCUCAUUCCAGUGUUUGAGUAACAUGAUCUUGUCUUUAUGUCAAAUUUUGAGUGUUCUUUUGUGUGUGUAACAUAUUCAUGGUUUUAACACCUUAAGUUGAAUGAAUGACAUAUAUAUCAUGUUAAAGAGUGCAGUAGGACUCUUCACCUGUUGCUAGCACUGUUUCUUCUUUGUAGUUGUAUCAUCAUUAUUGAUAUCUCCUGUGCAAUUUUCAGGAGCUGUCUUGACAUGCAAGUCUUACUGCCACAAAGAUGAUGCUGUGGUUAGCCACCUCCUCUGUAGUUUGAGAAAGGGGCAUCAUCUGCAUCGGCUCUUUUAUAAUUGAGGCAAUGCAUGUCGGACGCUGUGAAUAAUCUCUUUUAUGUUGUUUAUUCUUCUUCAUUCCAGGUAAAAAAAGAUAUUUAUUGCUAUAUUAUUUGAAGCCAAAUUUUGUCUUUGGUGGCCUGAUGGCAAUUCCUGUUUACAGGUCCCUUAUUGGGAUUGGUAAGAUGCUUGCUCCAGUGAUGGUGAACUUGGUGUUUGUCUUCCAAACAAUCAUGUUGUCUUUUUCUUCUGAAAUGCAGAAUCAUUGACCGCAUUUAAUUGUUGACAAACUUUGCAACUCAUUACAGGAGUUAAAACUGAAUAAAAGUAUGAUCGGACAUAAUAAAUUGAGAAUAGCUAGAGAUGCUUGUUGUGCAUAAGUACUAGUUGAUGCAGAGGUUCUUUGUUUAAGAGUUAAUAGGGCAAGUUAAUCUAUUACCUUGGAGUGUAUGCAAAUUACUACAUCUAUAAAUUGCUGAAGGUCUUAAAUAGGUGUUCAGAUUAUGUGUCGACAUGUUUUGUUUGUAUGUUUAGAGGCUGGGAAAAUUUGAAUACCAUGAAGGGUUUUGAUCAAAGAAAAUUUUACAGCGUUUUUCGAGUUUCUGGACUUGCAACAUUAGCUGUAUGCACUUUUGUAGUUAUGUGGUUUUAGAAAAGAUCAUAUAUACUGUGCAAGUGUGCAUGCAUUUAUAGAGACUUUUGUUGUAGUCUUUUGUUGUAUCCUGUGCUCUUUUGGUUUAGAUGAAGAUUUGUUCAUUUUGGCUGGCUUUGCUAAUAGUAUUUGUUGGCAGUGGAAAUAACAGCAGGAUUUUGGUCCAUGUCUGAGCUAUUCCAAAGUUACCAUGCAGUUUUUGCAGCCAAAGAAUGUGAGGCUGUCCCAAUUAUUCUCUCCAUUUAGUUAUUCAUAUACGUUCCACUGAAUUUCAGGUUUGUGGGGGUAUGGUUCUGGACUUCUGGUACUGCAAAUAUUGAUCAGCUUUAUAAGGUGCCUAUGGAUUUUUAAGAAAUUUGAACUUGGUAAUUAUGAUAUGAUGAUGGUAAUUAAAGCACGUUGAUCAACCUUUAGUCUUAUGGUUUUCCGAAAUUAUGAUCUCAAAGAGAAGUGAGUCAUCUCUCUCUUUUUGAAUCCAGACACCAGAAUUCAUGAUACAUUUUUCAACUUGAAUGGGUUCUUGCUUUAUUGUUACUAUAGAUGUUCUGUGUUGUUGGUUAUGAUGAUCUCUGCUUGCCUGCAUAAAUUGAUAAAAAGAAGAGAAGAAAUCGCUUUUAUAUUAGAUAUGGUGUCAGACCUAUAGAAAUAAUUGAUGGCAUUUUGAACUCGUCAUUAAUUGUGAAUGACGAUGAUGCAAGUACGAUGAUGCUAGUGAAUUUCAGUAAUCGACUCAUUGGAGCAGGCUGUAAGCUCAAUUCUAAUUUUGCUUUAAAUAUUGAGGCAAAUGAGAACAUAGCUGGUGAGAUCUUGCAUAAUAGCAUUAUAUGUCUCCUUUUUACUUUUUACCAGCAGCUUGGCUUGCUACCCCCUCUGGAAGAUCUCUUUAAUCAGAAUGUAGCCGUUUAGGUAUUGGGUUGCCAAUUGGUUUGAAGAAAUUUCUUCCGCCUACCCCGGAACUACCAGGACUCCAUGGACUUGGUGGCUCUCUUUGCGUUCGCCCUGAGGUUAUUGUUUUGUUGGCGAAGCAUGAAAGAGUUCUGUUUUGUGUAUGAGUUCCACUGUGUAGGUUAGAGGUUAGAGGUUAGAGGCAUGUCUUUGUUUUGGUUUGCAACUGUAUAUUUUAGCUGGUUAUCUAAUUUUACAUGGCUGGAUAUUUAAAUGUUAGAAACAUGGGGGCAUUUUUGUAAUUGAAUCACUUUUACUCGUCAAUUUGAUAUCUAAAAUUUAGAUUAUACAGUUCUUGAUUAA